AUGGCCUCUCUGGAAGGAAAAAAAAUUGCUAUCACAGGUGCAGCAAGUGGCAUCGGGCUGGCAACUGCCCAAUUACUAGCCAGUCGAGGUGCCGUGCUAUCUAUAUCGGAUGUCAAUCAAGAUAGUCUCCAGAAAGCCCUAGACUCGCUACCAGGCAAGGGCCACUUCGCCACCGUUGUCGAUGUCCGGAACAGUGCCAAGGUGACCGAAUGGAUCAAAGACACCGCGGAACGCCUGGGUGGUCUGGAUGGUGCAGCCAAUGUUGCGGGCGUCGAACGGGAAGGAGGCCGUCAUCUCGCCGAGUCCCGCGACGAAGAUUGGGAUUUCGUCAUGGGCAUCAAUGGCGCAGGAGUAUUUUACUGCAUGAGGGCACAGUUGCAGCAGAUGAUAAAGGGUGGCGGCGGCUCAAUCGUCAACGUCUCGAGCGUUGCAGGAUUCGUUGGGUUGGCCGAUACGGGAAUUUACAACGCCAGCAAACAUGCCGUUCGAGGUCUGACAAGGACGGCGGCCCGCGAGUAUGGAUCCGACAAUAUCCGCGUAAACGCGGUGGCUCCAGGCGUUAUCAGGACACCGUUGGUCAAAGCAAUGGAAACCGGGUUCAGGAAUGGACCUGUCACCACAAAAAUGCAAGCAUUAGACCGGCAGGCCGAUCCCAAGGAAGUUGCAACAGUCAUUGCCUUCUUGCUGAGCGACGAUUCCAGUUUUGUCACCGGAUCAACGUACAAAGUGGAUGGAGGAUGGACUGCCUAG